AUGGCAGCGGGGUAUCGCCCGGUGCAGCGUAUCAAUCUGGCAUGCCUGGAAUGUCGCCGCAAAAAGGCUCGAUGCAGUGGCCACAGGCCUCAGUGUAGCCAUUGCCGUCGUCUCGGCCGAGAAUGCCAGUAUCCGCUAGCAUCCAGUCGGACAUCUACGUCAACGCGCCCAGCUGCUCCAGCCACCGCUGGCUCAUCCGGUAAUGGAACCGUCGAAGAAUCGAUUGCAUCAAUCUCGGAACGCCUCAGCCGCAUAGAAGACCUCCUACUCGAUCUACGUGCCCAGCCCAUCGGUCCCUCUCGAGAGUCUGAUGUGGUGUUCUCGUCCGCGUCGAGGCCAUCCGCAACUCCCUCGAGCCACACGGGAUAUCCGCAAGGGCCCUUGUCUCCCUCAGUAGCCUCGGAACCAAGCGUCGGUACCGUCUCCCUGGCCGCGUUCCCCCCGCGUGCUGUGCUUCUGGACUGCGUCAAUAAUUACUUUCGCCAUUGCCACAAUCAACCCUAUUCCUUCUUCCACGAGGCCAGCUUCCGCCGGAGUCUUGAGCGUGGUCUCUUGCCGGACCACCUCGUCCUCGCUGUCCUUGCCAGCGCCGCCCGCUUCUCGUCCGACCCCUUCUUCUCCGACCCGCACGAGACCGCUGCGCAGUAUGCAAACCGCUCCUGGGAGGCAAUUGUCGUUAGCUGCCUUGCUCGGAAUCGUGCAGCUCAUAUACAAACGGUCCAGACUAUCACCCUGCUGGCAAUAUUCGACUUCACAGCUGGCAAAGCGCGCCACGGCUCGGCCUGGGUCAAAAUUGGUCUCUCGGUCCGUAUGGCUCAGGAUCUUAAACUCAUGCUCGAGGAUGACACGACUUUUCCAUGCCCUGAGCGUGAGGAGCGUCGUCGUGUGUUCUGGUCUAUCUAUCUCCUCGAUCGUCUCGUUUCCUGUGGCCGUGGUCGCCCUCCUGCUGUUUUGGAUGCAUCCUGCCAACUUCAACUACCAUGUGACGAGCCUACCUACCGCGACGGUUCCGGGCAGUCCACGAUGACGCUCGAGGAGUUUAUAUCGCGGAAGCCAGUUCCUGAGAGCGUACUCCACAGCCCGCUCGCCCGCGUCACGCUUUUGGCGUAUGCUCUAGCUCGUGCGGCAGGCUAUAUGCUUCAGCAAUUCAACAUCCGGAACCAAAAUCCUCCUUGGGAUGCCAACUCGGACUGUGCCUCUAUCGAGUCAGAUUUGCUAUAUAUAGAGACUGCUCUGCUACCGUUGAAAUCGGCCGCAAAGAUUGUAAGUUCCCAUCGCCUUCCCGACGGAUCCAUCGACCAGCCCAGCGCUGGGCCUGGAAUUUUCUCAAUGGCCUUGUUUCACCUAUGCCAUUGCAUUCUCUACCACCCCUUUCUACUUCGGCGACGAAUUUCCUCGUUCGGAGCUGGUGUCCCGUCCUGCUUCCUCUCUCGCUCCUUCCGCUCAGCAUGGGAACAUGCCCGAGCAAUGAUUGAGCUUCUGCAGGAGGCCCGCCGUCUCGGCGUCAUUAUCCAGGCGUCCUUCUACGGCUACUGCAUGAUUAUGGCUGGCUCCAUCGUCGGUCUCCAGAGCCACAAUAACCAGCCCUCGAGAGCAAAUGACUCGGCUCGUCUACUUUCUGCGAGCAUAGACAUCGCACGAGAUAUUGGUCUGUACUGGACUAAUGUGGCGACUAUGGCGACAUUUCUCCAGCGAUUCUCAGACCUGCGCAUGGCCUACUCUCAACUAGCAUCCGAAGAACCGCAAAUUAUCGGCCUCAGCCAAGCCGAGGAAGAUUUUAUGUGGUUCCUCGUCGACUACAGCACUAUAUCAAACUCAACUGAGUCUGACCAGCAGGCCGGCACUGAUCUGGAUCAGUGGGGAGCAAUGCAAUCCACUUGGUUCGAUUUGUUCGGCACCUUCUCUGUUGAUGUAGCCCCCGACCUUGUGGCAACUUGCUCGCCUUGAGGUGCAGACACAAGUUAGUUUAGUCUUUUCCAUAUCUGAGAGUAUCUGAGAGAGCCCGCAUCAACAAGCCGACCAGUGUCCUAUCGGGCCUGACCUGAGUUCGGGUGUUAACGGAGGUCCACAGUCAGACGUGACGUUGACGGUUUCAAGGUAGUCGAUCAAUGUGAUUUGGUCC